AACCCGUACUCUUAUUUCUCUCAUUCACUAUUUGGCCCGAUAGGAAACAGUUGCUCUUCGCCGGAAGUUCUCGAUUUCCUCCGGUAAGUAUUUCUCUGUUUGUCGCUGCAAUUACACACGCACAAUACAAACUAGAAUACUACAAAUAUGGUGUUUAUCAAAUCCCCUGAUAACAAAACUCUAGCCCUAGAUCUAAGCCCAAAUACUACCUCUCUUGAAGCUCUUGCUCUAAAAAUUCAGCAAAUUUAUCGAUUACCCAUUUCCCAGCAGCGCCUCUACUUGUCUCCCCGCCUGUUAUCUGUCCCUCAAAAUGCUGCCGUUUUGCUUUCCCAGCUUGGGGUUUCACGGAACUCAACCCUAACCCUACACAUCCCGCUUCUUGGCGGUAUGCAAGCUCCGGUGCAACCCAGGGGUAGACUAGAAUUUCUUAAUACGAAACCGCCGGCGAAUUAUGUUGCUGGGCUGGGACGUGGUGCUACUGGGUUUACUACACGUUCUGAUAUUGGUCCGGCCCGAGCAGCGCCUGACCUACCAGAUCGCUCGGCCGCGGCUACUGGGGCUCCUGGGGCAGCUGGUGUUGGCAGGGGACGUGGGAAAGGUCCUGGGGAGGAGGAAGAAGAGGAGGAGAAUGAAGAGAAGGGGUAUGAUGAAAACCAAAAAUUUGAUGAGUUUGAGGGUAAUGAUGUGGGGUUGUUUGCAUCUGCGGAGUACGAUGAUGAAGAUAAGGAGGCCGACUCUGUAUGGGAGGCUAUAGACCAGAGGAUGGAUUCGCGUAGGAAGGAUAGAAGGGAGGCAAGACUAAAACAGGAAAUUGAAAAGUAUCGUGCUUCGAAUCCAAAAAUUACAGAACAGUUUGCAGAUUUGAAGAGGAAGUUGCAUACAUUGUCAAGUCAAGAGUGGGAGAAUAUCCCAGAAAUAGGGGAUUAUUCUUUGAGGAAUAAGAAGAAGAGAUUUGAGAGUUUUGUCCCAGUUCCUGAUACAUUACUAGAGAAGGCGAGGCAGGAGAAAGAGCAUGUAACCGCAUUGGAUCCAAAGAGUAGGGUGGCUGGUGGGACAGAGACUCCAUGGGCACAAACCCCCGUUACGGAUUUGACUGCUGUGGGUGAGGGAAGAGGUACUGUUUUGUCGUUGAAGUUGGAUAGGCUUUCGGAUUCAGUCUCUGGCUUGACUGUGGUGGAUCCCAAGGGUUACUUGACUGACUUGAAGAGUAUGAAGAUCACAAGCGAUGCAGAGAUUUCAGAUAUUAAGAAGGCUAGGUUAUUGCUCAAGUCUGUGAUACAGACGAAUCCUAAGCACCCACCCGGUUGGAUUGCUGCCGCGAGGUUGGAGGAGGUGGCAGGGAAGAUUCAGGCUGCCAGGCAGUUGAUUGCAAGAGGUUGUGAAGAGUGUCCCAAGAAUGAGGAUGUGUGGUUGGAGGCUUGCCGUUUGUCGAGCAAUGAUGAGGCCAAGGCUGUGAUUGCCAGAGGUGUUAAGGCUAUACCAAAUUCUGUGAAGCUGUGGAUGCAGGCUGCAAAGUUGGAGCAUGAUGAUGUGAAUAAGAGUAGGGUGUUGAGGAAAGGACUUGAGCAUAUUCCAGACUCGGUGAGGCUUUGGAAGGCUGUUGUGGAGCUUGCUAAUGAGGAGGAUGCAAGACUUUUGCUUCAGAGGGCUGUUGAAUGUUGUCCAUUGUACGUGGAGUUGUGGCUUGCUCUUGCGAGGUUGGAAACUUAUGAAAAUGCAAAGAGGGUGCUCAAUAAAGCGAGGGAGAAGCUUUCUAAAGAACCAGCUAUUUGGAUUACUGCUGCAAAGUUGGAAGAAGCUAACGGGAAUACUGCCAUGGUUGAGAAGAUCAUAGAAAGGGGUAUUAGGGCUUUACAGAGAGAAGGUUUGGAAAUUGACAGAGAAGCAUGGAUGAAAGAGGCCGAG